AUGGACACGUUCGUGCUUCACGAGGAGCCCAUCUCGGGGAAUUGCUACAAGAUCCGCUUGACGGCGGCGUUGCUGGGCAUCCCGCUGGAGCGCCGUCUCUACUCGAUCCUCAAGGGGGAGACACGGACGGCCGAGUUCCUCCACACCGUCUCCUCCUUUGGCAGGGUGCCCGUCCUCCAGGUCGGGGACUCCACGUUCCUGCCCGAAAGCAACGCCGCGUGCUUCUACCUCGCCGACGCGGCCUCGGCCUCCUGCUCCUCGUCACCAUCAUCAUCGCCACAAGUGGUGGGCCCCCUCAUCCCCCGGGACCCGCUGCGGCGCGCCGAGAUGCUGCGCUGGAUGUUCUUCGAGCAGAACCAGCACGAGGUCAACAUCGCGACGCUCCGGUUCUGGGUGCACGUCAUCGGGGAGCGGGAUCUGGACGGAGCCCGCCGCGUGCAGAUCCAGGGCAAGUUCGCCGCCGGGGAGCAGGCGCUGGAUUGCAUGGAGGAUCACCUGGCGAAGAGCGAACACGGGUGGUUUGUGGGCGACAGCAUCACCCUCGCGGAUAUCUGCCUCUUUGCUUACACUCAUCUUGCCGGCGAUGCUGGAUUCGACCUCGCACGGUGGCCGGCGAUCCUCAAGUGGUGCGAGCAGGUCAGGCAGGUCCAAGGCUACAUUCCUAUGAACUAG